AUGAGGUUGAAUGCUACUGAGACUUCAUCAGUUCGACGUCCAUCGUCAACCACGGCAUCGCGUGAGCCCGUCCGCGCUCGAGGGUCCUAUUCCUCUGAUGAUGAAUCCGGCAGAGAUAUUACGGUCUUCGAAGCUAACGGGAGAUCGUUUGAGCUCGAAAGAAAUUUCCUUCGGCGUGACCAAAACUAUGUGGAUGGGCACAAUCGACCAGGACACAGCGCAGCAUCAAAGCUUCAACGACAAGGCCCAAGGGCACUGAGUGAUGUCUGCAACAAGGAUACUAUAUCUAGGGACAACACAGUAGGGAACCAGGCGCAGAUGGAUGAGGCUCUUGCCAGUUUCGGAAAAAAGGUGUUUGGGAUGCACUACCAUGAGCUGCGCGAGCAAUCUCAUACGGAGCCAGUUUACAGUUGUAAAUACUGUUUGAAGACCUUUGAUACAAGGAAGGAAGAAAGCCGACACCGGAUAUACCUUUGGCCUUCUGAUCCCAGUCGAGGGCGAUGCAAGACUUGGGAGGAAUACUACGACGAGAAAAACUCCAACAGCAAGCGGAGACAGAGGCAACAACUAGCCCAGGAUGAAUACGAAGAUGAGACAGAGGCAGACUUGCGCGAAAUAGGACCUCGGACGAUUCCAAAAGAAUACUCAGACAAGGCGAACGCGGCCCUUGACUAUAUCCAGGCUUCCAGGGACAGGGCGAGGCAAUAUGCAAAAGCCGAAAGAGAUUUAGAGUCAGAUGAUGACUCGUCUGAGUCCGGGGAUGGCGCGGAGUAUGAAGAACUUAGCGAUUACGUGUAUUAG